UCCCAGAAUGCCCCGCCUGGCUUCCCGCUCUUCUGUGCCACCUGCUUCCCUUUCCUCCCUCUCACUCGGAUCUCUCUUUAGGCUCUCUCUCUCUCUUCUAGUUUUGUUCCUACCUUUGCAACUCUCUCUCUCUCUCUCUAUCCCUCCCUUCCCCCUCAUUUUCUCUCCUUUCUGGGUUAUGCUGAUUUCUAAAUCUUCUUCUGAUGCUUGUGUUCCAAGAUUGAGCAAACAUGGAUGAAGAUAAUAACAGAAUUAUCGAAGAAGACGAGAGGCAGGCCUUGGAUGGGCUAAGCUUGACUGUCCCGCCUCCCCGAAAGAGCCAGUCUUACAGCCAUCAACUCCGCGCCACCUCUUCCCACAAACGCCACUUUCAUGUCCGCAAGCACAGCCUAGACGAAGUUCAUGUCCCCAAAAACAUAGACUACCAUCACCAAAACCCCUACUAUGACUCUUCCGAAGAGGAGUUUUUUCCUUACUCCUCCUCAUCCACCACUUCUCCUACUGGUGAGAGGAUCGACCAGAGCCUCUGCGUGGAGGCUGGUAUUGACGACUCCAGGCAAUGCCAACCGUUGCCGGAGUUCAUCGGUAGCGGAGGCGCAAGCGGAAUAUUCAAGGUUCCGACUCGUGCGCCGGUCCAUCCUGGUCGCCCUCCUUGCCUCGAGCUGAGGCCACAUCCAUUGAGGGAGACCCAGGUGGGAAAGUUCUUGAGAAACAUCGCAUGCACGGAAACCCAAUUGUGGGCAGGCCAAGAGAGUGGAGUGAGAGUGUGGGAUUUCAAUAAUGUUUAUAAUCCCGGGUGCGGGCUUGGUGGGAGAGUGAAGAGGGGUGAUGAGGAUGCGGCACCGUUUCAUGAGUCUGUGAACACGUCCCCCACCCUGUGUUUGAUGGUUGAUAGUGGGAAUAGGUUGGUUUGGAGUGGGCAUAAGGAUGGGAAGAUUAGGUCCUGGAAGAUGGAUCAGCCUUUGCAGGAUACACCAUUCAAAGAAGGUCUUUCGUGGCAGGCGCAUCGUGGUCCUGUUCUCUCUAUGGUUUUGACGUCUCACGGUGAUCUUUGGUCAGGUUCUGAAGGUGGUGUUAUUAAGAUCUGGCCAUGGGAAUCCAUCGAAAAACCUCUCUCUCUAAAACCAGAGGAAAAGCACAUGGCUGCUUUACUGGCAGAGAGGUCAUGUAUUGACUUAAGGAGCCAAGUCACUGUUAAUGGUGCCUGCAGUUUACCUUCUCAAGAUGUAAAAUUUUUGUUAUCCGAUCAUGUUAGAGCUAAAGUUUGGUGUGCUACUCUCAUGUCCUUCUCACUGUGGGAUGCACGUACAAAGGAGCUUCUAAAGAUAUUUAAUGUAGACGGUCAGAUAGAGAAUAGAGUUGACAUGCCAUCAGUGCAACAAGAUCAAGCAGUAGAAGACGAGGUGAAGAUAAAAUUUGCUUCCCCGUCCAAAAAGGAGAAAUCUCAGGGUACUAGCUUUUUGCAACGGUCUCGUAAUGCUAUAAUGGGAGCUGCAGAUGCUGUGCGUCGAGUUGCAACUAAAGGGGCAGGAGCAUUUGUAGAAGAUGGUAAGAAAACAGAAGCAUUAGUGCUAGCUGCUGAUGGGAUGAUUUGGAGUGGAUGUGCAAAUGGUUUACUUGUGCAGUGGGAUUGGAAUGGAAAUCGACUGCAAGAAUUUAACUACCAUCCUUGUUCUGUUCAAUGCUUUUGCACUUCUGGCACACGAAUUUAUGUUGGCUAUGUGACUGGUGUUGUCCAAGUAUUGGAUCUUGAGGGAAAUCUGAUUGCAGGAUGGGUGGCUUAUAACAGUCCUGUGAUAAAAUUGGCAGCUGGAACUGAUUAUGUUUUCAGCUUAGCUACUCAUGGUGGCAUUCGUGGAUGGAACAUCACAUCUCCUGGGCCUCUUGACAAUAUAAUACGGUCAGAAUUGGCAGCCAAAGAACUGACAUAUACAAGACGUGAUAAUGUCAGAAUCUUAGUUGGCACUUGGAAUGUUGGUCAAGGAAGAGCCUCUCAUGAUUCACUUAUGUCAUGGUUGGGUUCUGCUGUAUCAGAUGUUGGCAUUGUAGUUAUAGGGUUGCAAGAAGUAGAAAUGGGUGCUGGUUUUCUUGCAAUGUCUGCAGCCAAAGAAACCGUAGGACUUGAAGGGAGUUCUGUUGGGCAAUGGUGGUUGGACACGAUUGGAAAGGCCUUAGAUGAAGCAACAACUUUUGAGCGUAUGGGUUCUAGGCAGCUAGCAGGCUUGCUUAUCUCUCUCUGGGUGAAAAAGAAUCAUAGACCAUAUGUUGGGGACAUCGAUGUUGCAGCAGUUCCAUGUGGCUUUGGUCGUGCAAUUGGAAAUAAGGGAGGUGUUGGUUUGAGAAUUAGAGUGUACGAUCGGAUCAUGUGCUUUGUGAACUGUCACUUGGCUGCACAUCUGGAAGCUGUCAAUCGCCGCAAUGCUGAUUUUGACCACAUAUUUCGAAAUAUGGUCUUCAGCCGGUCAUCUAAUCUACUUAAUAAUGCUGCUGCCGGUGUCUCAACAACUGCUCACAUGCCUCGGAGCACAAAUGGUGGGGGUGGCAACUCCGAAGAACCAAGACCUGAGUUAUCUCAAGCAGAUAUGGUUGUAUUUCUUGGCGACUUCAAUUACCGCCUUUUUGGUAUAUCUUAUGAUGAGGCAAGGGACUUUGUUUCGCAAAGAUGCUUUGAUUGGCUCAGAGAAAAGGAUCAGCUGAGGGAAGAGAUGAAAGCCGGGAAAGUUUUCCAGGGAAUGCGAGAGGCACUCAUAAGAUUCCCACCAACAUACAAGUUUGAAAAGCACAUGGCAGGUUUAGCAGGAUAUGAUUCUGGGGAGAAGAAACGAAUUCCUGCUUGGUGUGACAGAAUAAUAUACCGUGACAACCGGUCGGCUUCAGUGUCUGAUUGCAGUUUAGAGUGCCCUGUGGUCUCGUCAAUUUUACAGUAUGAAGCAUGCAUGGAUGUGACUGACAGCGAUCACAAACCUGUCCGAUGUAAAUUCAAUGUGAGAAUUGCUCAUGCUGAUAAAUCUGUAAAGAGACAGGAGUUUGGGAAAGUUUUCAGAAAUGAUGAGAAAAUCAGGUCUAUUCAUGAAGAAUUAAGUUUUAUUCCAGAAACUGUUGUGAGCACCAACAACAUAGUCCUUCAACAACAUGACUCAUCCAUUCUGCGAAUCACCAACAUGUGUGUCAAGGAUACGGUUACAUAUAAAAUCAUUUGUAAAGGUCAGCCGACAUUCAAGGAGGAUGCACAAACCCCUGAUUGUCACCCAAGGGGUGGCUAUGGCUUUCCUCGAUGGCUUGAGGUGAUCCCAGCAGCUGGUGUAAUAGAACCUGAAGAAUUUGCGGAGGUCUCGGUAAAUCAGAAAGACUUUCUUACGCCAGAAGAGAUUGCCGAAGGCAUCCCCCCAAACUGGUGGUCAGAAGACAACCGAGAGAAUGAAGUGAUCUUGGUAGUAAAUGUUUGUGGCAGUUGCUCAACCCAAACGUACAGUCACCAAAUCCUUGUCCGCCACUGCUACCCAGGCAAGUCAGUCCGCAUUGACUCAAAAUCAAACAUUUCUAGAAAGAACCAAGAAGGUCCAUUUCAACAGUCUGAAUUCCGGCAACUAAGCACUUCCUCUCUUGCGAUUGAUGAAAAACCUGUGAAGCUAGAAACAAAGACAAAUAGCUUACGGCAGUUCUAGGUGCACCACCAGGGAGAAGUGCUUGGACUAGAAAUGUAAAUACUUCUGUGGAGCCAGCAUGCUUGCCGGUACAAUCAUCUUAGAACAGGUUCAAUUCGUAUACCAUCUAUUAUAUUCAAUUUACUCAAAGCUUUUUAGCCAAACCGCAUUGUAAUUUUAGACAAAUGAUUCGUUCAACCGAAGAAAGGAAAAUGUAUAAGCAGCAAUCCAGAGCUCUUCAUUUCUUACUAGUACUGAUAGGUUCUCCAAGCCUCCAUGUAUGGUUGCCAAAGCUUUUUGCAGAAACAGUUGCCGAAAGUACAAGGGGCUAUCGUGAUUAGUUUUCGCUAGUGUACUAGAUUAAUGAACUCGAUACUUUCGUACAUGAAUGGAAGUCAGACUCUCUGUCUCU